AUGUCGACUAAUCAAAUGCUAGCUACAAAACAAGAAACAAAGACAGUUAUUACUACUGAACAAUCGCAAAAAUUGAUGCAAACAAUGUUAACAAUGUCAUUUGGUUGUUUAGCAUUUCUUAGAGGUUUAUUCCCAGAUGAAAAUUUUGUUGAUCAAAGAUUUGUUCCCGCAAAGAGUGAAAAAUAUUAUAAUAAAAAUUUAACAAGUCAUGUUAACUCAAUUAAGAUUAAAACUUUAGUUCGUGGUAAAUCAACUGAUGUUAAUUUAUUAUUAGAUUGGUUAGAAAAAGGUGUGUUUCAAUCAAUUAAAUUAGAAUAUUUAAAGACUUUAAGUUUAGGAAUUUAUUUAAAUGAAAAUGAUCCAACUAAUCUUUGUGAAAAUUAUAUUUUUAAUUUUGAAUAUUUUAAAGAUAAUUCAGUUCAAUUAAAAUUAGAUUCAAAUUCAAAUAUUGAAAAUAAUUUUUCGCAAUUUAAUGAUGAUAACAAUAAUACAUCAAUAUCUUUAUUAGAUUCAAGAAAAAUGGCUCAACAAUUAAUGAGAAGAUUUAUUAUUAUUACACAAUCUUUAGAACCAUUACCUCAAAAGAAAUUUUUAUCCAUGAGAUUAUUAUUUAAUGAUAAUGUUAAAGACGAUUAUCAACCUGAUUUUUUUAAAGAUGCUUCCUUUGAUAAGAGAGCAACUUUAAAAAUACCGAUUGAUACUUCAUUAUCAACCUUUGCUGCCGGAACUUUAAAUACAAAUCAUCAUAAUUUAAAGUUAAAUGUUUAUUCAACUACAUUUGACGAUGAAACUUUAAAUGAUAAUGAACUAAAUACAUUGAAAGAAGAAAAAAAAUUUAUGAUAAUUGAUCCAUUUGAAAUUGAUGCAGAAACUGAUACUAAUAUUUUACAACAGAAAGUUUUACAUAAUUCUCAAAGUCAAACAACUAAUAAUUUAGGAAAAUUUCUACAUUCCACUCAACCAACAGUGGAAGAGACUCAAAUUUUAAUGAAAGAUUCAAUGAAAAAUGUAUCUGACAUGAAUUCAAAAAAUAAAAUUAAUUGUGAUUGUAAUGGGUUUUGUCAUAUAACGGCAACGUCAAUUAAACAUUGUAAAAAAUGUGGUAAAACACUUCAUGGUAUAUGUUAUGGUAAUUAUUAUAAAGAGAAAGUACCAACAUGUUUUAAUUGUAUUCUUGGUAAAUCGUUUGAUUAUUCGUCAAAUGAUUUCAAAGAUUUAAUGGCUGCAAGAAAAUGUUUUAGAUAUUUGGUUAGACUCCAAAAGAUACCAACUAGUAUUUCUGCUAUUAUUGAUGUUUUAGUUGUGGAUGAACCAAUUACAGAAGAAAUAAAAGAAAGGUUUGCAUUUGUUUUCUCAUUAUUCUUACAUGAUGAAAUAAUCAUUAUCAAUGAUGAACCGGGACAUAAAUCUCUUUCUUCUUCUGUAAGAUGUAGGUCUGCAUCAAUGAGUUUUGAUUUACCAAAUAUAAAAUCACCAUUCGCUACGGUGAUUGACCCAAAUAAAACUUAUUUUAUUAAAUUUGUUAGUAAUACCGAUAAUGCACAUUCUUGUUAUGGAGAUGUUAUCCCAGAAAAUAUCAAACAAGUGAAUCAUUGGUUACAUGAAAUUUCAGAACUCAGAGAUAAAAUAAUUGAUAAUUUACCAGAUUCAUGUGAUAUAACCAAAUUAGUUGUUAAUGAUACAGAUACACAAGAUAUGAUAAGUAUAGGAGGACGAAAGAGAAAAAAUUUAGAUUUAGAUGAAUAUUUACAUGAUGAACAAAGUUCAAUUAUCAAUGAUAUAUUACCUUCUAAGUUCUUCCCACCCAAGAAGUUUCAAAAAAUUAGUGUCUCAAAGAAAUCUUUAAAAAGUGACUGGUAA